GGCCUGAGAGGAGCCGGAGUGGAAGUCCGAGCCGUGAGGGUUGUGCCCAGACCGCAAGGCGGAAUUGGGGUGCAGGUGAUUGUGCGGUUAUGAAAUGUGUACCCAGGAGGCUUUCCAGGCUCAGAGGGGCCAGCUGGUGGGGCUGCUCGUCUCGGGGUCCUUGGAGGGCUUCGAGAGCAUCCUGGACUGGCUGCUUUCCUGGGAAGUCCUCUCCUGGGAAGACUAUGAGGGCCUCAGCCUCCUGGGCCAGCCACUCUCACACUUGGCCAGGCGCCUCCUGGACACUGUCUGGAACAAGGGCACUUGGGGCUGUGAACAGCUCAUCGCAGCCAUCCAGGAGGCCCAGACCGACUACCAGGCUCGGGAGCUGUCCAGCUGCUGGGACCCCCACUCGCCCCACCCAGCCCGGGACCUGCAGAGUCACCGGCCAGCCAUCGUCAGGAGACUCCACGGCCACGUGGAGGGCGUGCUGGAUCUAGCCUGGGAGCACGGUUUCAUCAGCCAGUACGAAUGUGAUGAAAUCCGGUUGCCCAUCUUCACGUCCUCCCAGCGGGCAAGGAGGCUCCUCGAUCUUGCCACAGUGAAGGCGAAUGGGUUGGCUGCCUUCCUUCUACGUCAUGUUCAGAAAUUGCCAGUCUCGUUGGCCCUGCCUUUUGAAGAUGCCGCCUGUAAGAAGUACAUGUCCAAGCUGAGGACCACGAUAUCUGCUCAGUCUCGCUUUCUGAGCACCUACGAUGGGGCAGAGAAUCUUUGCCUGGAGGAAAUAUACACAGAGAAUGUUCUAGAAAUCCGGACAGAGCGGGGCCCGGCCGGACUCCCACAGAAGAGCCCUGUGACGCUGGGCCUGGAGGAGCUCUUCGGCACCCGUGGCCAUCUCAAUGAAGAGGCAGACACUGUGCUGGUCGUGGGCGAGGCGGGCAGCGGCAAGAGCACGCUGCUACAGCAGAUGCACCUGUUGUGGGCCUCAGGGCGCGACUUCCAGGAAUUUCUCUUCGUCUUCCCAUUCAGCUGCCGACAGCUGCAGUGUGUGGCCAAGCCGCUGUCUGUGCAGACGCUGCUCUUUGAACACUGCUGUUGGCCUGACCUUGGCCAACAGGAGGUCUUCCAGUUCCUCCUUGACCACCCCAACCGUGUCCUCUUAACUUUCGAUGGCUUUGAUGAGUUCAAGUUCAGGUUCUCGGAUCGUGAGCGCCACUGCUCUCCGACCGACCCCACCUCUGUCGAGAAUCUGCUGUUCAACCUUCUGCAGGGUAACUUGCUCAAGAACGCACGCAAGGUGCUGACCAGCCGUCCGGAUGCAGUGUCCGCACUGCUCAGGAGGUACCUGCGUUUGGAACUCCACCUCAAGGGCUUCUCGGAAGAGGGCAUCGAGCUGUACCUGAGGAAGUGCCACCGUGAGCCGGGGGUGGCCGACCGCCUUGUCCGCCUGCUCAAAGCGACCUCACCCCUGCAUGGGUUGUGCCACCUUCCUGUUGUCUCGUGGAUGGUGUCCAAAUGCCACCAGGAACUGUUGUUGCAUGGUGGCGGGUCCCCAAAGACCACCACGGAUCUGUACCUGCUGAUCCUGCAGCAUUUUCUGCUGCAUGCCUCCCCACCAGACUCGGUGCCCUGCGGUCUGGCACCCGGCCUGCUUCAAGGCAGGCUCCCCUCCCUCCUGCACCUGGGCCGGCUGGCUGUCUGGGGCCUGGGUACAUGCUGCUAUGUAUUCUCAGACAAGCAGCUCCAGGCAGCACACAUCGACAGCGAGGACAUUUCUCUUGGCUUCCUGGUGCAUGCCAAGAGUGUUGUGCAGGGGGGCACAGCCCCCCUGGAAUUCCUGCACAUCACCUUCCAGUGUUUUUUUGCAGCCUUGUACCUUGUGCUUAGUGCUGACCUGUCGCCGUCCUUGCUCAGACAACUCUUCAGUUGUCACGGGCCACACAGCUCGCUGCUGGCCCGGCUGCUGCCCCCCAUGUGCGUGCCACACUCAGAGCACCAGGAGGGCAGCACGGCCGCUUUGCUGCAAGAGGCUGAGCCCCACAACCUCCAGAUCACAGCAGCCUUCCUGGCAGGGCUGCUGUCCCGGGAGCACCAGGGCCUGCUGGCUGGGAGCCAGGUGUCCGAGAAGGCCCUGCUCCAGCGCCAGGCCUGUGCCCGCAGCUGUCUGUCCCGCAGCCUCCACAAGCACUUCCACUCCAUCCCUCCGGCCGUGCCGGGGGAGGCCAAGAGCAUGCACGCCAUGCCUGGGUUCAUCUGGCUUAUCCGGAGCCUGUACGAGAUGCAGGAGGAACGGCUGGCCCGGGAGGCCGUGCGGGGGCUCAAGGUCGGGCACCUGAAGCUGACGUUUUGCGGCGUGGGCCCCGCAGAGUGUGCUGCCCUGGCGUUUGUGCUGCGGCACCUCCGGCAUCCCGUGGCCCUGCAGCUGGACCACAACUCUGUAGGGGAUGUUGGUGUGGAGCAGCUGCUGCCUUGCCUCAACGUCUGCAAGGCUCUAUACUUGCGGGAUAACAACAUCUCAGACCGAGGCGUCUGCAAGCUCGUGGAGCGAGCCCUGCACUGCGAGCAGCUGCAGAAGUUAGCACUCUUUAACAACAAACUGACCGAUGGCUGUGCACCCUCCAUGGCCAGGCUCCUCUCGUGCAAGCGGAACUUCCUGGCAUUAAGGCUGGGGAAUAACCACAUCACUGCCACGGGAGCCCAGGUGCUGGCCGAGGGGCUCAGAGCCAAUGCCUCCUUGCAGUUCUUGGGGUUGUGGGGCAACAAGGUGGGUGACGAGGGGGCCCAGGCCUUGGCUGAAGCCUUGGGGGAUCACCAGAGCUUGAGGUGGCUCAGCCUAGUGGGCAACAACAUUGGCAGCACGGGGGCUCAAGCCUUGGCGUUAAUGUUGGAAAAGAACGUGGCGCUGGAAGAACUCUGCCUGGAGGAGAACCGUCUCCAGGAUGAAGGUGUGUGUUCUCUUGCUGAAGGACUUGAGAAGAAUUCAAGUUUGAAAGUUCUGAAGCUGUCUGACAACUCCAUCACCUACUUUGGGGCAGAAGCCCUCCUGCGGGCCCUAGAAAGGAAUGACACCAUCCUAGAAGUCUGGCUCCGAGGCAACACGUUCUCUGCCGAGGAAGUGGAGAGGCUCGGCCAGAGAGACACCAGACUCUUGCUCUGAAGCCUGGGGGCCAGUGUUGAUCUCAGCGUGUUUGCGAACAGGCUGUGGGUUUGGACCCCUGAAGUUGGAUACAGAGCCGUGUCCUGCCCAGGUCAGGGCUGGUGCAACAGGUCAUCUCUGUUCCAGCAGAGGAAGGAGCAACAGGGUCCUUCACAGCAUACUUUCUGCAGCCGAUUUUGCAUCCGGUUCUGCCCAAGAUUCAGUCCACGGAGUGUCGCAGAAGGGUAGCUCCUCCCUGCCUCCUGCUAAUCUGACACAGGACAGCAGGGCCCAUGGAUGUUAUCGUAUCAUUGUGGGUUUGAGACCUGGAUCCGCAGGAGAGGCCCCUUCCCGCCUGACUCACAAUGAGGAGGGGGACUCAGGAUGCAACUUUCUGCCAGGUUUCAACUCCUGGGUGGUCAUCUCUCCAGGCUGUUCCCCACAUCUGGUCCCUCCCCUCAUUCUGGAUACCCCUGCACAUGGGAAGGAUUCAGAAUACUGGGUGUUUUCAGCUUUGAUAUUUAGAGCCACAAAUGCAGGGUGGGAAGGGCUAUAAUUUACCUGCUGUCCUUCCCGAUACUUAAGACAUUAUUGAAAGGGGACACAUGACAGCCACUUAGUUCCCCCAGACAUUCUGGAUUUUCAAGGAAAAUAAGACCACACUACAGCUGAUAUCGCACACACACUUUUAUUUCCAGGGAAAUCAGUUAGACUUCAGUUAAGCUUUUGGAAGCCGCUCUCCACCCAAACGCAGUGUUGUAGAAUCAGUCCUGGCCAGGAUUUGGAGCGAAUCCCCCAGGGCUCUGCCUGGUCCCUUGGGAGAGGGACUCUGACAGCAGACUUCCAAAAUAGAUUCCGAAGAGGUGGUUCGGUGUUACAUGAUAGAAAGUUAUGGAUCAGAAGUUUAUAGGGGCAAGAUCAAAGACUUUUCCUUAUAAGACAGAUGUUUUCCCGGAUUUUUUUCCCCCCCAAAUGAUGUAUGUUGAAGCCUCUAUAAACUGUCAGGUGCUGUGCAAGUGUUACUACUUAAACAUUAUUAUUCGUGAACACUGGUUAAUAUUUACAAACCACUUUGUUUUAUUCUCCCCAGUUUGUUUUUUAUAAAAAAUGCAACCACGGAUUUUACACUGUAAAUAGUCACAGUGAAGAAAACGGUGGCGAGCCCUCCUCCCACCCAAGCUGUCUUCAUUGUGACCAAAUAUUUAAAAAAAAAUUCUUGAAUGUUGUCAGAUAUUAAAGCAACAGUUUUUUACUUGGAGAGGGAAGAAUGAUGUUUGCACCAGAACAUUUAUUGUUUAGGGCAAAGGCAAUUCUUAGAACUAGGCCUGCAAACAAAACGCUCUGAGCUUCGGCUUAGAAAGGCCUACCCCUGCGUGAAGUCUGAGGCCGUGUGGAAGUCUCAUGGUGCCCUGCGGGGUGGCAAGGCCAAUGUGGGCUCCAGGAGUCUUUAGCAGAAGAAGGAUGGAGAAGGUUCUGGAACAGCUCUUCUCAGCAAGCAGCCUCCUGAGACGGUCUCGCUGAAAUCAUUCUCAGCUGCAUUUAAUGAGCUCAGGGGGCUCCUCACCAAAGUGAGAUCCGCUCCCUGGCCAGGUUUUGGGGGCCUGGCUUGCGAAAUGCGGCGGCAUGUCCAUGGGCUCCCGCAUACGGGCUUGCCUGUGGGCUCUCUGCUCGUGGUGUUCAUUUUUGUCCAGUCCACUGUUCUGAUACAGAAGAUUGGGAGAGAGGUGGGGAUCGACUAGGCCAGCUUUCCCUGAGGAGUCAACACAGCAGUCCUUGUGUGUGGCAGCAUCUUUGGAUUGUAAAUUUCAUUUUCCUGAAAUUCCUUCAGCAAUGAUUUAUGGGCCAGAUAUGGUAGGAGCAUCGGUGGAAGAACAACAGAGACAUGAUCCCGGUCCUCAAGGCACGUAGGUUGGUGAGGAGGGGAGAGGUGGUUAGAAAACUAGUGAACUGGAAGAUACAGAAAAUAAGGUCCACUGUGAUAACAGCUAGGAAGGAAAUAAACAGAGGCGCCGGGGUGACUCAGUUGGUGAAGUGUCUACCUUUGGCUUGUCCCAGGGUCCUGGGAUUGAGCCCCAUGUGAGGCUUCCCCCUCAGUGGAGCACCUGCUUCUCCCUCUGCCUGUCCCCUCUACUCACGUGGGUGCACUCUCUCUCUCUCAAAAAAAAAAAAAAAAAAAAGGAAGUGAAGGUU